GACCCCAUCCUCGAGGUCCCCACUGAUCCCAGCCGAUGCUGGGGGGUCCCCCCCCAGCCCCAGCCGACCCCCAGAACUCCAGAUAUUCCCAUGGGGUCCCCCCCAUUCCCAGAGGACCCCCGCUUGAGCCCACAUUACCCCAGCCAACCCCAGAGGGCCCCAUCUGGUCCCGGAGGACCCCAGCUGAUCCCAAGGGAUCUCAGGCGACCCCCUGAGGGUCCCGGACAAUCCUUGAGGCCCCCAUUUGACCCCUCUGGGGGCAGGGGACCCCAGGCCCCCCCCCCUCCCCGAUUCCCCAACCAAAAUGGCGGCCAGAGCCUGCCCUCACCGCCUGCCCUCACCCAAGAUGGCUGACGCGGGGCUGGGCGGGAGCGACGUCACCGCAGAGCAGCGCCCCCCUCCCCAAGAUGGCCGCGCGCACUCCCCGCCGCCGGCGCGUUGCCCUUAGCCAAGGUGGCGGAAGGCCUAGUGGAGGAAACGGCGCCGCGCCCUCUCCUAAGAUGGCGGGCGCAGCGUCAGCGCACCGCCCCGGCGCCAGGCCUCACCGCUGCGCGCUGGGCGUAGGGGCGGGGCGGGAGAAAGCGAAAGUGGCGGAGGGACCGGGUCGGCCGCGGCGGCGGGAGCGGGAGAAGCGGGAGAGGGGAGAAGCGGGAGAGGGAGCUCCCGGCGGGAGGCGGCCGGGCGCCGGCGAGAGGCAGACGGGCCCCUGCUGGGCGCGGGACGCGCGCCCCCUGCCGGGCCGGAGGAGCCGGCCGGGGCGGCGUCGGGGGUCCCCCCUGUCCCAUCGGGCGGGGCUGCGGGACGCGGGGACCCCCCCCCCCAACCCCGGACCCCCUUCCCCGACCCCCCCCGGCCAUGGCGCGGCUGGAGGCGGUGGCCAACGUGGCGCUGCGGGUGCCGGGGCUGGCGCUGCUGGACCUGCUGUACCGCUGGGACGCGGCGGCCCUCGGCGACCUGCUGCGGCCCCGCCGCGGGGACCCCCCCUUGCUCCGGCCCCCCGCCCUACGGGGCGCCUACUGCCUGGGCCACUUGCUGUGCCUGGUGGUGCUGAUGCUGCCGGUGCGGUCCCUGGUGAAGCUCUACCUCCACCUCCUCACUGCGCUGCUGCUCGGCGCGGGGCACACGGUGGCCGGGGACUGCGUCCGCCGCGAGCUGGAGUAUGGCUUCCAGGGCGCCGUGUACAGUGACCCCGCGGCGCUCGGCCGCUUCGCCACCGCCCUCGCAGGCCAGCUCUGCCUGUGCGUCCUCUGCUCCCUCCUGAUGAGGAGCAGGCAGCCCUGGCUGUUCGGCGCCCCGCUGCUGCCGGUGCUGGCUCGCCUCUGCGGCCUCCCCCUCCACGCCCUGCCCGUCCUCGACACCUUUGCCGCCAUCCUCACUGCCCUGGAGGUGCUUUACGUCCUCGGCUCCCACGUCCUCGUCCCCUUCCAGCUGGCCGCCGCCGCCUGCCGGGAGGUCGUGCAGGCGCUGGAGGUGUACCGGCUGGUCGCGCUGGGGGUGUCCCUCUGGAGCCAGCUGGCCAUCCCGCUCCUCUUCCUCAUCUUCUGGCUGGUGCUCUUCUCCCUCCGGCUCUCCUCCUUCCUCACCUCCUCCAGCAGUCCCCUGGCCCAGCAGGGCCUCCUCUUCGUCCUCCUCACGCGGACCGAGUGCUGCAGCACGCCGUACUCCCUCAUCGGCCUCACCUUCACCGUCUCCUACCUCGCCCUGGGCGUCCUCGACCUCUGCAAGUUUUGCCUGCUGGGCUUCGGCGCCUUCCAGAACGGCAACGUCAUGCACAGGGGGGUGACGGAGGGUGUGACGCUGCUGCUGCUGGCGCUGCGGACGGGGCUGCUCGACCUGCAGAUCCUCCAGUGGACCUUCCUCCUCGGCAUCAUCCUCUUCAUCUUCAUCGUGGUGACCUCCACGCUGCAGUCCAUGAUCGAGAUAGCGGAUCCCAUCGUGCUGGCGUUGGGGGCCUCCCGCAACAGGAGCCCCUGGAAGCAUUUCCGCGGCGUCAGCACGUGCCUCUUCUUGCUGGUUUUCCCUUGCUUCAUGGCCUACAAGAUCGCCCGCUUCUUCCACCUGGAUUUCUGGCUGCUGAUCCUGGUCUCCAGCUGCAUGCUCACCUCCCUGCAGGUGGACACGAAGCUGCCAGUAGGGAAGGAGCCGGCGGCAGCGUGGGACAUGCUGCCAGCGCUGCAAAGGAGCACCUCUGCCCCUGCGCCGCCUCCUCCCGCUGCGCUGCGCCGCCGGCCGGCCCGGGGACUCCUCCUGCGUCUCCUGCGCCGGGGCGGUGACCCGGCACCCCUAUCUAAAGUGGGGCGGUGGGCGCAGUCCCAUGUCACUCCGGCGGGGCCAGGCGGCCACCGGAGCCAGGGAGCCAGCAUGGCCCGGCCCAGAUACAGCGGGGGUCACGGCAGGAGCCGGCGCCGCCACCCGCCGCCCCACGCGUGGCAUCCUGCGCCGCCCUCGCCGCCGGUACGGGAUGAGGCGACACAAGCCCGCGGCACGCCGCCGCCGGCACAGGGUGCGGUGGUGGGAUGCGAAACGCAGCGGGUGCUGCUGAGCAGACCCCAGCACUGGGCGGGGGGCUGCAGGAUGGAGGGUCCCAUGCUGAGCCCGGCUUGAUGCUGGGUCGGCUGCAGGGCUGUCCCCUCGCACAGCCGGGCCCCCCCCGUACCCUCCUUGCCCCCAACGUGUGGGGCGGGAUGGGGGGCAGCUCCGCUGAGCCCG